UGGUAUUUUUUGAGUGUGAGGAUGCUUAUGUGGUGUGGGGUGGAUGUGCUUAGGUUGAGAGGGGGUGGGGGGGUAGAGGCGAGUUUGGUUGAUGUGGGCAAUCCGGGGGUUUUUGUGAGGGUGGAGGAUUUGGGGGUUGAGGGGUGGGAGGGGUUGACGCCGGGGAGGGUGGAGGGGGAUGAGGAUUUGAAGGGGAAGCUGGAGGAGAUUAGGCAGGCGGGGGCGGAGAUGAUGGGGUUGGAUCCGAGGGUUGAGAGUGUGCCGAAGGUGGUGAUGGUUUUUCCUCCUGAGGUGACGGCCAGGGAAGGGGGGAAGGGGGCGAAUAUCAAGUGUUUGGCGCUGUCGAUGGGGCAGGCGCACAAGGCGGCUCCGUUGACGCUGACGUUGUGUCUUGGGGCGGCGGCGAGACUGGAGGGGACGAUUCCAAAUCAGCUUGCGGUAGGGCUGGAUGCUGAGAGUGGCGUUGUUACUAUUGAGCACCCGAGUGGUAAGCUUGAUGUGGGAGUUACGGUUGAGGACGGGAAGAUUGUCUCGGCCGAGCUGCACAGGACUGCCCGGGUGCUGAUGAAAGGGAUGGUCUAUUACUAG